AUGAGUAUAUCCUUCUUGAGAUUGAAUAGAACCAAACUCAGCUCGUGAGUGAAGAGUUACACUGUCAAAUUGAGUGCGUCAACCUUGUUUCUGUUUUGGUGGUUUCAUUAUGGCGCCUAGAAUCCUUCUAUGCGGCGACGUUUUAGGUCGCCUGAGCCAACUCUUCAAGCGCGUCUCUUCAGUGAGCAAAUCUGCAGGUCCAUUCGACGCGCUCUUGUGCGUAGGCCAGUUCUUCCCGGACUCACCGGAGCAACUGGAUGAAUUCACCGCCUACAUUGAAGGAGGAUCACAGAUUCCGCUUCCGACUUACUUCAUCGGAGAUUACGGCGUCGCCGCCCCUAAAUUUCUCUUACAAGCCUCCAAGGACUCCGCCAACCGCGGCUUCAUGAUGGACGGCUUCAAGGUUUGCCACAACUUAUAUUGGUUGAAAGGCAGUGGCAAAUUCCCCCUCUUCGGGUUGUCCGUGGCCUAUUUAUCUGGUAGGAAGUCGGCCAGUGUUCAACAGUUUGGAACUUAUACCGAAGAUGACGUUGAUGCUUUGCGAGCUAUUGCAGAGGAACCAGAAAUUAUUGAUCUAUUCUUGACUAAUGAAUGGCCAAGUGGCGUCACCAAUGGAGCAGCUGUUUCGGACAUUCCUACUGGAGCCUCUGAUCUUGUAGGCAGUGAUUCAACCAUAUCGGAGUUAGUACAGGAGAUCAAGCCACGUUAUCACAUUGCAGGCACAAAAGGUAUAUACUAUGCCCGUGAACCAUAUACCAAUGUUGAUGCUGUGCAUAUCACCCGUUUCAUAGGGCUUGCAUCUGUUGGAAAUAGAAACAAACAGAAAUUUAUUCAUGCAAUCUCCCCCACACCUUCUUCGGCCAUGUCUUCAACUGAGAUUGCUAUGAAAACCACAAAUACCACCUUAUCACCUUACACAUUUGUGGAGAAAAGAACACCUCCUAUGGAUUCCACGAAGAGAUCCAGUGACUCUAUCUCUGAGUCUCAAUAUUGGAGAUAUGAUGUUUCUCAAAAGCGACAAAAACAUGAAACUGGACAAGCUGAUAAGAUGUGUUUCAAAUUUGUCUCUUCUGGAUCUUGUUCACGUGGAGAGAAGUGCCAUUUUCAUCAUGAUACAGAUGCAAGGGAGCAGUGUAAGAGAGGUGUUUGUUUAGAUUUUUUGAUUAAGGGAAAAUGUGAAAGGGGGCCAGACUGCAAUUAUAAGCACAACUUGCUGGAUGAAGGUGACAAGGAUCCUUCUAGGAGGUCCGGAUCGGGCAGCUCAAAAGAAUGUUGGUUUUGCUUGUCAAGCCCAAAUGUGAAGACACAUUUAAUUGUUAGCAUUGGGGAGGAUUAUUACUUGGCACUGGCUAAAGGUCCACUUGUUGAGGACCAUGCACUGAUAAUACCCGUUGAGCAUAGGUUUAAUACCUUAUCUAUGUCUUCUGAAUCUGAAACUGAGCUCUCUAGGUUCCAGAACAGUCUCAAGAGUUACUGCAGAGGCCAAGAAAAGGAAGUGAUAUUUUUUGAGUGGGCCUCCUUGCGUGACACUCAUGCCAAUCUUCAGGCCAUUCCCAUUCCAUCUUCCAAAGCGGUUAUGGUUGAAAAAGUGUUCAAUUUAGCUGCAGAAAAGUUGGGAUUUGAAUUUGUGGCCAAGACAUUUGAUAGCAUUUCUGAUGGAAGGAAGUUUUUGAAGACUCAAAUUGGUGGGGGUUUAAGUUUGUUCUAUGCUCAGGUUCCAGGAGGGAAAAUUCUGCUGCAUCACGUUGAAAAGAACGAGAAAUUUCCUGUCCAAUUCGGCCGUGAGGUCAUGGCUGGGUUGCUCAAUAUGGCAGAUAAUGCAGAUUGGAGGAGUCACAGACAUAGCAAAGAUGAGGAAAUGAAAAUUGUUGAAAAUUUCAAGAGUCGAUUUCAAGAAUAUGAUCCAAACUGCUAAUUGUUCAUGCACUGAAUUCUGAAUUUACUCUGAAGUCAUCAUGGUUAUGGCCAUUCCUUGUUCAGUUAUAUGUCGUGAUUGAUUCAGUACUCAAUGUUAAAUGAAAAGGAGAUUUGUUGGUCAUGAUGGAUGUUAACUGGUAACCUUUUUCUGUCGGCAGCUUCUGUGGCAAAGAAUCACCGAAUGGAGUUUGAUAUUCUAUAACUCCAGCUAUUUGUGCGCGUUAGUCAGCAAGCAGAGGAGCUGCCUGCACGUAAUUGACAGAGUAUUCGUAUUUUUUUUCGGGAGGCAGGGAGAUAGGGAGGCUGAGGGAGACUCGCUUCAACUUUCAGCUAGUCAAUAGUAAGUAUCCUUUUAUUUAAUGUAGGGAUCUAUCGGAUUUGUAUACUCUGUAUUUUCCCAAAGCUCGAUUCUACCUUUUUUUUAUAAUUAAUUCAACUUUCAUAUA